AUGGCUAGAAACUCGGCUAUCGGGGCAUUUGUCGCCGUUUUUUGGUAUUCAGGUGGCCAUCUACUCCGUCUAGAGCAUGUUCAUAUAACCCUUUUUCUUGUCGCCGCAUGUCACUUGCCCAAGCCCCCUGGUGGCGAUUAUCUCUUUGGGCACACGAGGCAGAUGGAUCGCGUGGAUCGCCAGCGACGGCCUCAUCCACAUUUCGCUGAGCAUUCAACCGCGAAGUGCUCCUCAUCACGUCGCCGCAGGCGCUGUCCGAAAUACUCGUCGCCAAAAGCUACGAAUUUGCCAAAUCCCACUUCCUCCGCGACACUCUGGGCCCCGUCAUCGGGCACGCCCUGGUUCUCGCGGAGGGGGGACGCGCACAAGCUCCAGCGCGGCAACUUGAUGCCCGCGUUUGCGUUGCGCCACCUCAAGGACCUAUACCCGCUCUUCUGGCAAAUGUCGCGAGAGGUCGUACGGGUCAUGACGGCAGAGUGCGAUGGCCUGAGCGUCGAGGUGAUCCUCGUGAUCUUAGCGGACUUUGCGAGCUUGUUUGUAUCUGUGAAGCCGUUUUUGAACGUGCCGUUUCCGAAGCGGCGGCAGGUCCAGCGGUCAUCCAACAUGAUCCGAAAUGUUCCCCGGAAUGUCAUCCAGGUCAAGAAGCAGAAGCUCGAAAGGGAACAGCUCGACGACGUGGAUAUCGUUUCCGUAGCUUUGAGGAGCGGUGUGUUUUCGGAGGACGAGGUCAUCGACCAGAUGAUGACGUUCCCGGGCGCUGGGCAUGAAAAUGACCGGGUCGGUGCUGACGUGGGCGAUUUACGCCAUGUCUCCGUUCCGCAAACCUUGCGCGACGCCGUCUGCGAUACCAGCGUGCUGAAUCGCCGCAUCUACAAGGGCACGCGGCUCAUCCUCGCGGCGUGGUGUACCAAUGUCGAUAGUACCACGCUCUGGGGCGCCGACGCUGGUGAAUUCAACCCGGAACGGUGGUUGCCUGUAAACGACGGGGGCGAGCAGUAA